CAGUUCAGGACGAAGAGGCGUGGAUAGGCCGCUGGGCCGGCUGGUGCCACCAUGGCAGAGAAAGUGAACAACUUCCCGCCAUUGCCCAAGUUCAUCCCGCUGAAGCCAUGUUUCUACCAGGACUUUGAGGCAGACAUCCCUCCCCAGCAUCUCAGCAUGACCAAGCGUCUCUACUACCUCUGGAUGUUGAACAGCGUCACGCUGGCCGUGAACCUGGUGGGCUGUCUCGCGUGGCUGAUCGGAGGCGGGGGAGCCACCAACUUUGGCCUCGCCUUUCUCUGGCUCAUCCUCUUCACGCCCUGCUCCUACGUCUGCUGGUUUCGGCCCAUUUACAAGGCCUUCAAGACUGACAGCUCCUUCAGCUUCAUGGCAUUCUUCUUCACCUUCAUGGCCCAGAUGGUCAUCAGCAUCAUCCAGGCUGUGGGCAUCCCAGGCUGGGGCGUGUGCGGCUGGAUAGCUACCAUUUCCUUCUUCGGGAAUAACGUAGGCUCUGCAGUGGUGAUGCUCAUUCCCACCGUCAUGUUCACGGUGAUGGCCGUCUUUUCCUUCAUCGCCCUCAGCAUGGUUCAUAAGUUUUACCGGGGCAGCGGGGGGAGUUUCAGCAAAGCUCAGGAGGAGUGGACCACGGGAGCAUGGAAGAAUCCGCAUGUGCAGCAGGCAGCUCAGAAUGCGGCCAUGGGGGCGGCCCAGGGCGCCAUGAACCCGCCGCAGACUCAGUAUUCCGCCACCCCCAACUACACGUACUCCAAUGAGAUGUGAGCCAGCCAAGCCUACCAGGAGGCGGGGCUGGGAGCCAUUGGGACAGGGGGCUCAAGCCACAUUGUCUGUUGUGGUGACCAAGCAGGGUUCCCCCUUCCCUUUUCUCCUUCUUCCCAACUUUGUACAAAGAAUCAGAGUUAUAUAUAUAUAUAUAUAUAUGUAUGUAUGUAUAGGUACAUGUCUGUCCCCUACCCCUCACCUUCUGGGUUCUCUUGGUACUCUGAGGGCUGUGGGCUGCACGUGGCGCUGGCCCAAGUGGUAGUAACUGUGUCCGUGUCCCCUUGUGAACUA